AUGAUCUCGAUUCAAGUGAUCCGGAAGAAGGUGAAAAUGACCCAGAUGGCCAUAGCGACCGUCCUGGUCCAGACAUUGUCCCUCCCGGGAUCUCCAAGGUUCGGAACUAUAUACCUCAGGAUCCUCUGCGGGUGUACUCUUUCGGCACCGGAAAUCACGGCGAACUCGGACAUGGAUAUCCUUGCCGGACGCAAAGGUCCCCGUCUCAUGCGGUUCUGUGACGAAGAGAAUAGUCCAGUUUCCAUUGUCCAAGUCGCAUGCGGCCCAAAGCAUGCGCUGGCCCUCACCAACUCGGGCACGGUUUUCUCCUGGGGAAACAACGAGAAUUUUGAACUCGGGCGUAUUACUUCCUCGAGUGGUGCAUCCAGCAACCCUGGGCCAUCCGAGGACGACGGCGUGGAAGCAAAGUGCUGGCUCCCGGCCAAAGUUGACGACGCGUUGAUCCACCCUCGCGUUAAGUUCUCAAAGGUCGCUGCUGGCGGUAGCUACAGUCUUGCUCUCACCCAGACCGGCCAGAUCUAUGCCUGGGGAACCUUUAUUAACGAGGCUGAGAAAAUGUUUUAUGUCUACAAGGACCUCUGCCGGAUCUUACAGGAUAAGCCCAUACUUCUCCGUGAAUUCGAGGGCAUCAUCGAUAUCGCUUGCGGCGAGAAGCAUGCCGUUGCCAUCGACAAUCAAUGCCAGAUCUGGACGUGGGGUUGGGGUACCAACCACCGUCUGGGCAGACCUUUGGCCUGUGUCACCGAUCUCGUCGAUACAUUUAUCCCAGCCAUUGUUCGAAGUGCUUGCCUCGCUCGGUCAGUAGCAGCUGGCUACGGUCACACCCUAGUCCUCGACAAGGAUGGUCACCUCUGGGCGGUCAGCGGAGGCCGCCACCACUCUGCCCUAGUCUCCGUCCAAGGCGCCCACUUCGCCAUGGGCUUCCGAAAGAACGGGAGACUCGGUGUCCCCUCGCAGGCAACUGGCUCGUCUUUGCCGACAUCUUCAUGCCGGAAAGUCUGCAUGAGUAGUGGCGUGGGCGCUUCCUAUCAGCUUGGCAGUCGUUCUGUCGAGGAUCGUGACACGCCCCAAGACGUUAUCCUAGAGGACGGAGAACUCGGGCCUAGUGAUAGCCAGGACGCCAGAGGCGAGGACGCCUUCUGCUGGGCUGGUGGCGGUGAGACUUAUAGCGUGAUUGCUGCUACGGAGAAGCCUGCCCGUAUUUUGCCGCCUGAGAAGCCUCAGGUGACUGCUGCCUCUGCUAGCGAGGCGACGGAUACGUUAUGGAGCUUACCUCCCAGCUCGAGUAACUACAGCCAGGACUCAUCGCCCACUCCCAACCUCCGUCAGCCCGAGUUUAUCCAUAGGACCCGGCUGAGGGAUAGCUCGCUCUGUUCCCUAUUCUCCUGCUUUGGCCUCUGGCGACGAGACCAGCGGCUAGAAGACUAA